AUGACCAGGCAGCAGGAUAAAAACAAUAUUCACGGGCCAGACAGGCGAGAGACGAACAACAAAGAGGAGGAUGGGGAAGCAAAAAGAGGAAAGUACAGAGUGGGGCAUAGUCUGUUCCAGCAGAACUCGGGAAUAAAUUUAGAUAGCAUCAGUCCGCUGAUGGAGGGCAGGUAUGUAGCAGUUGCAAGGAACCAGUAUGAGCGGAUGGGCAAUGAUAUCACCAUGCAGUGCGGUUCCCUGGACAAUGACGCCUCAGUGUCGUGGAAGGUGAACGGCACAGAUGUGAAGGCCUUGCACCAUCUAGAAGGUCCCAGGCUGAUCCUGACCCAGGUGGGCUUGGGCCAUAACGGACUCUACAGCUGCUUUCAGAACCCACACGGAGAGAGGCGUGACACCAUCCUGCUUCACAUCGGUGAGAAGCCGUCUUCUGAGCUUCUCGGGGCAGGGUAUGGAAAGUUGGAAGACUUGUGUUACGGGCUUUCCUGCUAUAACGACAUGAGGAUGAACAGAUUGUCGAAUCUGGCGUUUACGGGCAAGGGAGUUGAAAAGAGAGGAACCAACCCGUGUGUUUGUGAGAACCGGUCUGCUGACCUGCGGUUGCGGCUGAGUCUGCCCAUGGCCUUGUCCAGUCUGCCACUGCGGGUGGGGAAAAGGAUUGCAAACCCUUACCGUUUCCUGAGUGUCUGGUACUUUUAG